CCCUGUCACAGCUCUGCUCACAGCUGUCAUUUAUGGUCCUAGAGAUCUGAAGACAGUACGAUUGCUUAGCACACUCCAGCAGCUAGCAAGCGGUGUGCUGUGUAGCAGUGCGCAGAGCCUCCCAGCCUCUGCCUUCAGAUCCAUGCACUGAUUGAGUUCCUGCGAGUGGGAAUGGAUGAGGCACAUCAAGGCGGCGUUGGCUCCCCUGCACAGUCUGUUAGCUUUUGUGGCUGUGGAUUUAUCCUCGGUUAUGAGCUAGGAGUUAUUCAGGCCCUGCAGGAAUUAGCACCUGAGAUGCUGGGAUCAGCAGCCAAAUUCUUUGGAAUAUCGAGCGGAGCAAUUGCAGCUGCAGUACUGGCGUGUGGGGGCAACAAAGAAAUUGUGGAUGAAAUUUACUCUGAGGUAAUGGAAAAAAGUAAGAAAUCACUCCUCGGCCCCUACUCUCCACGUUUCCAUUUCCUUAAGCUCUUGGAAAAGGGAUUGCGUAAAGGAUUGACUGAAAACUGUCACCAGCUGGCCUCAGGGAGACUUCAUAUUGGUCUCACACGUCUGCCAGAUGGCCAGAAAGUUGUAAUUUCAGACUUCUGCUCAAAGGAGGAGGUCAUUCAGGCAGUGCUCUGCAGCUGCUUUAUUCCGGUUAUUUGGGGAUGGAUCCCUCCUUCCUUCCGAGGUGUGCGAUAUAUUGAUGGAGGAUUCACGAGCCUGCAACCUCUCUCUGACCCAGAAACUACAAUUUACGUAUCACCAUUUGCAGGGGACAAUGACAUAUGUCCAAGAGAUUGUCCAGCUGCUUUCUACUCUAUCAAGGUCCUUGACUGCAGUUUUCAGAUCUCAGUUGAGAACCUGUGCAGGAUCUCCUAUGGCAUAUUUCCUCCUUUAUGGCUGAACAUACGUGAAAUGCAGAACAAAGGAUACCAUGAUACCGUUUACUACUUGCAGAUGAAAAAGGAACAUGGAAUGGUAACCGGAACACCCAAGAAGACUCCCCACAAGCAGCUGCAGCACAGUCUCCCAGAUGCCCAGGAGAACAGGAAUUUAUCUGGAUUGCUGCAUGCCUUGGCUGAGUUCUUCUUGCAGAGUUUCUGGAAUUACAUCAAAUAUCUGCAAAAAAUAUAUUCUGCAAAAAUCUAAUGAGGACUGAAGGAAGUUUCAGGGGGAGAAGAGUUCUUAUAUUCAUGGGCAUGGAGAAGAAGACACUGAGGACUGUACAUCCCGAGUCAUCCUCUAAAACAUUACUAGAAAAAGCUUUCUGGGAGCUGCAAUGUAUACACAAUAGCUGAUCACAUGAUAUAGCAUUAUUUUAUUGAUGUUCAUUUGACAUGCAGAAUUCACUUGUGAUUUUUCCACAUGUAAAUAAUGUUUGUAAGUACUAAUCAUGAUAUUAAAAACUUACAGCAUCAUGUAUUUAUGCUUCACGCUACAUAUAAAGUAUUAAAUUUGUCCUGUUGUUCAAAUGUUUUUCAUGGAAACAU